AUGGCGCGCGUUUACGCCGAAGUUAACGACCACAUGCCGCGGUCCUACUGGGACUACGACAGUGUCAACAUUUCCUGGGGUGUGCUGGAAAACUACGAGAUCGUUCGCAAAAUUGGCCGAGGAAAGUACUCCGAGGUAUUCGAAGGCAUCAACAUCGUCAACUAUCAGAAAUGUGUCAUCAAGGUUCUGAAGCCGGUGAAGAAGAAGAAGAUUAAGCGAGAGAUCAAGAUCCUUCAAAAUCUGGCUGGUGGCCCCAAUGUUGUUGCCCUCCUCGAUGUUGUCCGCGAUAACCAGAGUAAGACUCCAAGUUUGGUUUUCGAGGCCGUCAACAACACCGAUUUCCGGACUCUCUACCCCCGCUUUUCGGAUUACGACGUGCGCUACUACGUCUUCGAGCUGCUGAAGGCGCUGGACUUCUGCCACAGCAAGGGUAUCAUGCAUCGGGAUGUCAAACCCCACAACGUUAUGAUCGAUCAUGAGAAGCGCAAGUUGCGACUCAUUGACUGGGGUCUGGCCGAAUUCUACCACAAGGGCACUGAGUACAACGUACGCGUUGCUUCACGUUAUUUCAAGGGACCCGAGCUCCUCGUCGAUUUCCAAGAGUACGAUUACUCACUUGACAUGUGGUCACUGGGUGCCAUGUUUGCCUCCAUGAUCUUCCGCAAGGAGCCUUUUUUCCACGGCAACAGCAACUCGGACCAAUUGGUCAAGAUCGCCAAAGUUCUUGGAACUGAGGAGCUUUUCGAAUAUCUGGACAAGUACGACAUCGAACUGGACCCUCAGUACGAUGAGAUUCUCUCUCGGUUCCCCCGCAAGCCCUGGCACACAUUUGUCAACCCUGAGAACCAGCGAUUCGUUAGCGAUGAAGCCCUUGACUUCCUCGACAAGCUCCUCCGCUAUGACCAUGCUGAACGUCUGACCGCCCAAGAGGCUAUGGCCCACGCGUACUUCGACCCUGUCCGCGCUGAUGUUCUGCGGAACAGCAGCAACCAGUCCUGA